GCCCGCCAGCCGCGGAGCGCCUCGCAGCCCGGCCCCGAGCGGGCGCCUCCCCAUGUACGGGUCGGUGCCUCCCAGCGGCGCCCCGAGGCGUGGGGGAACAGAGGCGGCCUCGGCGGCGGUGCGGGCCGCGCCGGGCGCAGGAGCAGGAGGAGGAGGAGGAGGAAGAGGGGGAGGUAGCGGAGUGGCUGAUGCGGUGCGCCCCGUGCUUCCCCUCCAGGUGUUCUCUUUCUGGAUUCCUAUGUCCUAUUGCGAGGAGGAUUUCUUCAAAGAGUACCUCAAGAUGAUGGCGAAUAUUAUCGUCCUGAACGCGCUCAUUUGUAUUUCUCUGGUGUUCUGGAUCGUGUCCAUGACCGCAAGUACGUACUACGGUACUUUACGACCUAUUUCUCCAUGGCGCUGGCUUUUUUCAAUCUUGGUUCCGCUAACGAUUGCUACACAGGGUUUUAAGAAGAAGAGUCUUGAUCACAGUGGUGCAUUGGGAGGAUUGGUGGUUGGAUUUAUCCUUACAGUUGCAAAUUACAGUUUUUUCACCUCUUUGUUUGUAUUCUUUGUUACUUCUUCAAAACUUACUAAAUGGAAAAAAGAUAUAAAGAAGCAAAUAGAUUCAGAAUACAAAGAAGGUGGACAGAGGAAUUGGUUGCAAGUAUUGUGUAAUGGUGGUGUUCCUACUGAGCUGGCUAUCUUAUAUAUGAUAGAAAAUGGACCAGGUGAAAUUCCUAUAGACUUUUCAAAGCAAUACACGGCAUCAUGGAUGUGCUUAUCCCUUCUGGGAGCUUUGGCAUGCUCUGCUGGCGAUACAUGGGCUUCAGAGAUUGGUAGUGUUAUGAGUAAAAGCAAGCCAAGGUUGAUAACAACCUGGGAAAAGGUUCCAGUAGGUACUAAUGGAGGAAUUACUUUUGUGGGCCUGCUCUCAAGUUUGCUUGGGGGCAUGGUAGUAGGUAUAGCCUACUUCAUCACACAACUCAUUUUUGUGACUGAUCUGGAAGUAUCUGCUCCACAAUGGCCCAUUAUCGUGUUUGGCGCAGCAGCUGGCUUACUGGGAUCAAUUGUUGAUUCAUAUUUGGGAGCCACAAUGCAAUACAGCGGUUUUGACCAGAGUAUUGGCAUGGUUGUCAACCACCAAACAAAAGACUCCAAGCACGUAUCUGGAAAACCCAUAUUAGACAACAAUGCAGUAAAUCUUUUUUCUUCUAUAAUCAUUGCUUUGGUGCUCCCAGGUGUGGCAUGGUGUUUCUGGCCCAGGCGUUGAAAUGGCUUAAGGUUUUCUGCAUGUAAUUCGUUUAUAUUCAGUUUUACUGUAAGACUCUGAAGAGUUCUCUUUGAAUUCUCUUGAAGAGAGGGAUCUGGAACUUUCAGAGAGCCAAAGGACUUUCCAUCUCAGCUUACUAAGGCUGUAAGCUUCAUACGGCAAUUGGUGUCUCUCAGGGGAAGGGUUUUGUCAAUAUGCUCUUGAUGCUCUUUAGAUGGAUGCAGAUCAUUGCCAAGUGAGGUGAAGCAUCUCAUUAUCCUUAUGGAACUGAAAAGUUGGAGUCUGUUCUCUCCAGUCCCCAUCAUUUGGAAGGGCAAGAAGCUGGAAACAUGGAAUCAACUAGGUUGGAAAAGACCUCUAAGAUCAUCAAGUCCAACCAUUACUCCAGGACUGCCAGGUCCACCACUAAACCAUAUCACUGAGGGCCUCAUCUACACGGUUUUUUAACACUUCCAGGGAUGGUGAUUCUACCACUGCCCUGGGCAGCCUGUUCCAAUGCCUGAGCACCAUUUCGGUGAAGAAUUUUUUCCUAAUAUCCAAUCUGAACCUCCUCCCCUGGCACAGCUUGAGGCUGUUGCGUCUUGUCCUAUCAUUUGUUAGUUGGGAGAAGAGAUUGACCUGACCUAACUACAACCUCCUUUCAGGUACUUGUAGAGAGUGAUACGGUCCCCCCUGAGCCUUCUCUUCUCCAGACUAAACAACCACAGUUCCUCAGCUGUUUCUCAUAAGACUGGUUCUCCAGACCCUUCACCAACUUUGUUGCCCUUCUCUGGUCCCGCUCCAGCACCUCAAUGUCUUGUAAUGAGGGGCCCAAAAACGGACACAGUAUUCAAGGUGCAAAUAGAAGUCUAAUCAACAUCAGUCAGUGUGAUGGGGCAUUGUGGCUAUUGUCCACCAAGUACACUGCAACUUCAUGCAGGCAAUGGUAACACAGGUGAAGGGGCUGGAAUCUGGCAUUUGCCAUAAUCUACAGUACGAAGGGUUUAUGGAAAUAGCGGGUGGGGAGAAGUAAGCCUUGUUGCAUAUUCUGUAUCCUGGUACUAUCUCCACUUCCCUGGGAAUAGGGUUGAUAAAAGUGAUGCCACUACAUAAUGUUUGCAGCAAAAGACUAAAUUUAAAAUUAAAUUUAAGUUUAAAAUUUAAAAUAAAAACUCAUUAGUUGUUCCAGAAUAAUAUAUUUGUGCUCUUUUUUUUUUUUUAAGUCUUUAUUUCAAAACUAAUGAUAUCUAAGAACAUUUUCAAUGCCGUGGUACUUAUCAAAUUAAAGAUUACAAUUGCGAAUUCACAUUCAUCGCUUGAGAAAUAGAACAUUUUUUCCAUAAGCUUAGAAUUGUUCCAUAAUGUUUAGCAUUCUGACCAAACUAUCCUCUUUGGUUCUUUCGCAGCAGUGGAAGUGUUUCCCAUUUUGUUUGGGGUUGCUAUUCAGAGUUGAUGGCCUCAGCCAAAGAAGCUACAGAGGUAUUUUUGUAGUGAAGGGGGCAAGUGUCACGAAUAAGCCAUUUCAAAAUGGGAAUUUAACUUUGGUGCUCAGACUCCUAUGUUAGAUGAUUCCGUCUUCCAUUAUUACUUCAUAAAAGAGGUGGAAGUAAUUUAGCCUGCACAGAUUGUAUUUAAACCUUAGAGGUACCCACAUAAUAACCUGUCACCGUCAACAUUUGGAAGAUAGAGCUCAUGCUGUUUACUAACAAAAAGCUUUUUCUUUUUAUUUUUAGUUAUCUUAAGCUGAGUAUUUUGUAUUAAACUCUUGAUUUAUUUUUUUUUUUAUGAAUGUAUUUGUUGCCUGUCUGAACUCGCUUGAAUUGUGUAUUUUGUCACCUUUUGUGGCAAUAUGAAAAACUGCCAUGCUGAGUUUACUCUUUCGGAAUCUGGUCCAUAUAAAUCUGGAAUUUAUCACUGGAACUAGUUCACUGUAUUAUCCCAUUAUAAAGAUGAGAUUUCAAGCUAGUAAAAGCUUUCUGAAAAGAACAAAUUGUAUCGCUGCUGUAUGUCUGUUCCUGGGGAAAGACAGAAAAUUGUAAAAGGAAUAUAUGCACUUAAAAGUGUAACAAUAAACACUUGAGAUUUUUGUGCGUUGUCUGGAUUUAUGCUGCUUCUGAAUAAAUACUGUAUUAGUUGUC